CGACCCAAGGUAUAUGUUCAGUGGUGCCAUCUGUGCAAAAUUUGAUUAAAAAUCUUUUACUUUACACAAACACAUGCAUAUAAUACUAAUGAUUCCUGUUGUGUUUUACAAUAAAUAAAUAAUGUCGAAUUUUGGAAAAUCUCAAUUAAUGAAAUAUGGUUGGACCGAAGGCAAAGGCUUAGGAAAAGAAGAAAACGGAAUCGCACAACCAAUCAAGCCAAAAUUAAAAUUUGACUUGAAAGGAGUUGGACACAAAAGCAUUGAUGAUAAUUGGUGGCAAUCCGUUUACAACAAAGCUUCUCAAAAUGUCUCGGUUGACAAAGAUUUUUCUGGUGUUUCUGUAAAUAUAAUUGAUAAAAGUGCAAAAAUAUUUUCCAAAAAUGAAGAUUUAGUUGAAAUACAAAAAAAACACAAUUCUGGCUAUAAGGAAUUUAUAAAAACAUCAACAUUAAAAGAUGGUCUAAAUGUUCAAGAAAUUAAUGAAAAAAGUGCAACUGAUACUAAAUUACAAAUUGGAUUUGACAGUUUAAUGAUCAGCGACGAAGAAUUAUUCAAAGCUUGUGGCGGAAGAACAGCUCAUAAAGGCGCUAGGCAUGGUUUAAAUUUAAGUGGUAAACUUGCCAGAAUUGCGAAACAAGAAGAAGAAUUAUCACUGACAUCCAUUGUCGCAUCAGAUAAUAAUAAUAAAAAAAAAACUAGAACCAAGAAAAAAAUUAUCGAUAAAGAAAAAUUUGUAAAAGAUGAAAGCAUCGCAAAAACGUCGUCAGUUGUAUUAACAAAAAAGGAGGAAAAGAAAGAGAAGAAGAGAAAAAGAAAAGAAAUUGUUGAAAGUGAGGAAGAUGUCGAUGAUGAUAAACAAGAAAUUGCACAUUUAAUGAAUAAUUCCAAAAGUUCUAAAUGUCAAUUAACGAAAAGUCAAAGAAAAACGUGUAGAAGGAAAAUAAAUAGUUUAGUUGAAUUGUUGGAUAAAAAUUUUUCCCUUGAAGAGAGUGAAAAGAAUGAAAUUUGUAAUAAAAAAGAGGGAACGAGGAAGAAAAAAAAGAUUGAGGAUAAUGAUAAUGAUUUAGUUUUACAAACUUCUUUUCCACUAUUUCGUGAAGAUGAAGAUUUUUUAACAACAUUUAAGGAUCUCACAUUUAAACGUUAUGAAGAACAAAAUCCUACGAAAUUCUAUCGAAAUAUUCACAACAAAAAAAGAGAUGAAAAAGUAAAAAAAAUGGAUGAAUUGAGUGAUGUUCUUAAUGACAUGUGUACCCUUGAUGAAGCAAAAAAAGAGAAAAGUAAGAAAAAAAGAGCAAAAAAAUAUUCCGUAAUAGAUUUUGAUGAACAUAUAUCAAAAAUUGAUGCAAACAAAUUGAAUAGUAAAAUACAGAAAAAGAAGUUAAAAAGAAAAAUAAAAACAAAAAUUUGUGAAGCAAGAGAUAAAACGAUACGCAAGAUUAAAAACUACAAUUUAUAAAUGUACAUUGUAUAAAUAUUACUAUAAAUACAUUUUAUAUUCAUAGA